UAUUUAUAUAUCUCAUCCGUUUUAUUCACUUUCUUCAACAAAAAACCAAACCCCAUUAACUUUUCCGGGUUUCCGGCCGGUCAGAUGUUGUUGAAGUCGGAGAUGACAAUGUCGGAAAAACAGAGGACUCCAGUCAAAUGGCGGCGAAGCCACGGUGACUGCCACAGCUUGUCGCCCGUCUCGAAUCCAGCGAGCCGGGUCAAUGAUUUUCAGGAUCUGCUUGCACCCGGAGGUUGGCCUGACUUGGCCAAGUACGAGUUCUCCUCCACCGUGACAUGUUCGCCACCGCCGGAGGCGAACUCCGUGGCGGUCGGAGAUAUUCCGAAGAAGAGAAAGACCAACAAGAACAAGGAACUGAAAUCCAAACUGGGUAAUGCUGAAUCUGACAAAAGAAUCAAACCAAAUAAUAAUGAAGAAGAAGAAGAAACAGAGAAAACAGAGCAAACAGAGCAAACAGAGGAAACAGAGACGUCGAAACAGAGUUCAAGAGCUUCUGAUUACGUUCCUGUAAGAGCCCGUCGAGGCCAAGCUACAGAUAGCCAUAGUCUCGCAGAACGAGCGAGGAGAGAGAAGAUAAGUGAGAGAAUGAAGUAUUUGCAGAAUUUGGUACCUGGGUGUAACAAAAUUGCAGGAAAAGCUGGAAUGCUGGAUGAAAUUAUAAAUUAUGUUCAAUCUCUUCAGCAACAAGUGGAGUUCUUAUCCAUGAAGCUGGCCACUGCGAAUCCGAGACUCGAUUUCAUCAAUGUCGAUGACCCUUUUUCUAAAAUGGUGUUUCCGGCGACGGAAAUCUCGCCGGAAACGGCUACUUCUUCAUCGUACUUUAAUCAGCUUGGAAUCAGCUCAAGUUCUGUAACAGUCCCACAAACUCCAUUGAUCAGCUCGGCUUCUGUUACUCAUUUGGAGCUCUGUUCAACUUGGGGAGAUGACUUACAAAGGGUUUGCAGUGUGAGCUUUGAAGGAGGGCCGCCAUUGUUGUCGCUAUCGAGCUUUCUGUUGCAGCAAUAUCCAGGCAUUGAAGAUGAAAAGGAAACAUUUGUAGACGACAAAGUUGUCGGUCCAUUCUAAGUGAGUUAAAAUGUUGCACACAUUCAAAUCCAACGACUGUUUCAUGAUGGCCUUUCAUCUUAUCUUCAUUCUAAAUAAGCAGGUCUAAAUUGAGGUGAUAGCCAUCAUAAGCGUGAAAGUUGAAGAGGUCUUCAAAGACCUUUUGUCUAAUCAAACUUUCAUUUCAUGGGUCUCUAAGGCAAAGUCUGGCUUAAUCGUUCAUUUCUCUUUUCUUUUUUCAAUCGGUCAUAUCUGAUUUGUAGCUGGUAUCGACAUGAGAAAAAGGUACGGAAUGGUUUUAUUUGCUAAAUUACGAGUUUCAGGGGUCGGAUGGGUCAACCUCUAAAAACAUGUGUCCUUCCAGGCCUGUUGUCAUCAACGGUCCGCUUCCUUGAAUGAGAGUUGGUCUUCCCGAUCCACGAAAUUCAAUUUUCUUUUUUUGUUUCUUUUUUUCCUCUCUUUUAUGUAAAUUAACUAGAGACAUUGAUAGAAGGUACGCUAGUGCCCAUCUCUUUUAUUUGAGUUAAUAAAAUUAAUAUUGUAGAGG